AACACGCGCUGACUGCUUCACGCCUUGGCGCCACGCCUUCACAGACGGGCAUUUCAUCCCCUUUCUUGCUCCAAGAAAAGCGGCAUAUUUGUUUCCUAAUAGUUUGUUUCUCAUUUCUCUUUAUUCCUUUUUCAAAUCUUUUCUUUUUAUAGGACUCGAACAUGCCGCACAAGGUGGAUGCAGAGCACCUCCAAGAGGUAGAUCUCUAUGCCCCCUUCACAAGUGACACCAUCCUCGAGGUACGCACAGGCAAAAUGAAGCCCCUACCGGGGCUUGCCGUGCAGUCAGGCAUCGACAAGACGCCGCGUGAGGGACCGGUGCGCGUGACGGAGCUGGGACUGGAGGGCGACGAGCACGACCCGACCUUCCACGGCGGCGUAGACAAGGCCAUCCACGGGUACUGCUCGUCGCACUACGCAACCUGGCGCGCCGAGUACCCUUCGGCCGCCGACGCCUUCCGACCCGGAGGCUUCGGCGAGAACCUGGUGACGCGCCACCUCAACGAGCGCAACCUCUGCAUCGGCGACACCGUGUCCAUAUCGCCGCCCGACCCGGGCCCGGACGCGGAGCCGCCGGUGCUACUGCAGGUCUCGCUGCCGCGCCAGCCGUGCUUCAAGCUCAACCACCGGUUCCGGCUCAAGAACUUUGCCCCGGCCACCUGGAGGACGAGCCGGACCGGCUGGUACUUCCGCGUACUCCGCCCGGGCGCCGUCCGGGCCGGUGACGUCAUCCGCCUGGUCGCGCGCCCCCACCCGGAGUGGACCAUCGAUCGCGUCCAGGAGUACUUGCAUCGCAACACGGGCGACCCCGCCAUGAACGAGGCCCUGGCGGCCAUCGAGGAGCUGGGCGCCGAGGCCAGGGACGCGUUCCGCGCCCGGGUGGUCCGGCACCGGGCGAGGGAGCGCAGGAAGGCCCGUGAGCAAGCGGGAGAGGGGGGAGAGAACGGAAACGGGGACAAGGAACGACAGCGCUGGAGGGAGUACCGUGUGGUGGAGAGGACCAGGCAGACAGAGCGCAUCGUGUCGUUUGUGCUCCAAGCGGUCGAGCCGCUGCGCGAGGAUGGGGAGGAGGAAGUGCAGCUGAGGCACGGGGCGCAUGCCCGGAUCAGGCUGGGCAACGGCCUGGUCCGGGCCUACUCCAUUGUCGAUGGCGACCGGAACCGGUUCCAGCUUGGCGUGGCGCUGGAUGAGAAGAGCCGCGGCGGGUCAAGGUACCUGCACGAGAUCGUUCAGGUCGGGCACACGGUCCAGGUGGGCGCCAUCACGAACUCGGUGCAGGUUGCCACCGCCGCGAGCAAUCACAUCUUCGUGGCCGGCGGGGUCGGCAUCACAGCAUUCCUGGCGCUGUUUGAACACUACAAGCGGAUCCACUACAGCGCGACGCUGCACUACGCCGUGCGCUCGGUCGAGGACGUGCCGUUCCGGGAGCGCCUGGCCAAGCUGGGCGACGACGUCGUCAUCUAUGACAAAGCGGCCGGCCAGCGGCUCAGCAUCCGCCGCAUCAUCGAGGGCAUGCCGUGGAACUCGAAGCUGUACUUCUGCGGGCCAAAGCGGCUCAUGGACGAGGCCGCCAGGGAGACGAAGGCGCACGGCAUCGCCGAGAAGGAAGUGCACUUUGAGGCCUUCGAGGCUGACGUGUCGGGCGACCCGUUCGAGGUCGUCGUGGCCAAUAAGGGCGGCAAGACCAUCAGGGUGGGCGAGGAAGAGACGCUGCUCGAGUGCCUGCAGAGGGAGUUUGGCGAGGUCGACUCGAGCUGCUGCGUCGGCAACUGCGGUACCUGCCGGGUUGACCUCAAGGAGGGUCGGGUGGACCACCGGGGGACGGCACUCAUGGAAGAGGAGAAGGCGACUUCCAUGUUGGCAUGCGUCAGCCGCGGAAUCGGACGUAUCACGAUUGAGAUUUGAGAUCUAAGAGCUAAGCUGGCCGGCUCGGGCGCGCAGGGUGUAUACCGAGAAUUCACACCGA